AUGUAUCCCGCUUAUGUCAGUGGUAGUAUAGCUGAAGGACAACUCUUCUCUCAAGAUAUCGAUUUUAUAUUUGAAGAAGGUGAAUUAAAUUCUGAAAAUGAAUUUAUACCAACUGACAAUGAUCUAUAUGUUCAAAUUAAAUGGAAUAGUGAAAAACUAGCUCAUUUACCCUAUGGUUACAAUGAUGGACUAUGUUGCGUGAAUGGGUUUAAAAUGAAGCAAAAUUAUUGUAAUAUUGAUCCAAAUAUUCUGCGGUUCUUACAGGCUAAUAUGGACGUUUCAGUGGAUAAACCAAAUAUUUUACGUUCGCCGUUAAUUAAGAAUACUGCUCCUGAAGAAUUUAUGCAAACAUUUAAGCAAGGUUUAAAAGUGAUUGAAUCACAAUCUAAAACUAAAUAUAAAAAAAAUUUUUUUACUCUUCAUGCUGAAUUGAAUAAAUGUAGGACAAACAUGAUCGAAAGAGAACGAAUGAUGGACAAUAUUCCAACAAGCAAUUUAAUUGAAAAUGUAUUUCAUUUUAUGGGACCAGCAUAUGGUGUGUAUUUUUCGGCUGAACGCCGAAAAUUUCUUAUGCAAGUUAUGGAAAAAAUAUCAAGUUAUAAUAGUGAUAUUGUUCUAGCGUUAAAAUUAAAUUUUUGGCCAAAUAAUGUUCAACCAUUUUUGAAACGUUUUCAGUUAUCGAAUCAACCAAUUAAAUUAUAUGAGAAAAUAAGACUUACGCAUAUACAUGUAGUACCAAAAAGUUCAAAAAUAUCAACUACAGCCGAAUAUGAAUUUCGUUAUUCCUUUUCAGCUAUCGAACGUUUAUUAGCACAAUCAAGAACGUCUAAACAACGAAUAUUGAAUGGUAUUGCACGAAGUAUCUACUACAAAUACUUACAACCUCAAACGAGUUUACAAUCAUAUUUGAUUAAAACAAUUGUAUUAUGGAUGUGUGAAAUGGAAGAUGAUUUUAGUUAUGGUAACGUUGAUAAUCAGUAUGAAGAAAAUGAAAUAAUUGGUACACAAUGGAUAACGUAUACAUGUAAUAUAUUACGUUCUCGUACGUGUAAACAUUAUUUCAUUGAUCAUGUUAAUAUUUUAGAAACUUAUACAACAGAAACAUUAGAAGAAGCAUGCAAAAUUUUAGAAAAUGUUGAUUUAUUUGAAAUAAAUCAAACGUCAUUACAAAGAACUACCUACGAUGUUGCCACUAAUUCUUGGGAAGAUAUAAAACAAUGGAUAGGUCAAUUGAAUUUAAAAGAUGUUCUGAGUGCAAUUAACGAUUUUACUGAAUUGACGUUGAGAGUAUUUCCCCACGCGUCAAAUGAACGUGAUGCAAUUUUUGAGAUAAUAAUAGUAUUGAAUACAUUGAAUCUAUUGGAUGGUGAUCAAGAAGAAAAUAAUUUAUCAAUUUGGAAACGUUUAUUUUUGGAUACAGAUAAUGAUGAGAGAGAAGACGAAAAUAUUGACAAUAGACUAAGUGAAUGGUCAAUGCUGCAUCCGUUACAUAUAACUGAUGGUCUAUCAUUAGCGGCAGUAUUUAUAACAUGGAUAAACGAUAUUGUUACAAGUCCAUCGAUCUUAAAUUCUAUUAAAAAUUUAAACUUUGAUUUUAUUAUUCGACUAUGGUAUAUCACGAAUAAAACAAAAAUAUUUAAGAUGAACAAAGGUGAACUAAUUAAUUUGUUUUUACCAAAUGAUGUAAAUCCUUAUUAUCAACAAACGCCCACAAGUCCAUCGAUUAUUGAUGAUUCGCAUGCAAAUGGUGGCACACAACUGACAGAUCUAAUUAAAAAAAUGUAUGAGACUAGUACGAUACCACCAUCUAUAAUUUCAGCAAUAUCAUUGCUUUCAGCAGGAGAUAAAGAUAAUGCAGCUGUAACAAUCAAUGAUUUAUAUCAAUUAGGUAAAUUAAGCGAUAUUAGGGUCAAACGUAUAUGUGAUGAUAAUGAUUGUAUUGACGCACAAUUACUGCAACAUGCAAUUAAUGAAUCAUUAACACAUCAGCAAGAUAAUGAAUAG